CCACAUCGAGAUGGGCCGGUCCAUCACGGGCGCGCACAACCCAGUCGUACUGUAUGUUUCUGGCGGCAACAGCCAGGUCAUCGCGUACGCCGAGCAGCGGUACCGCAUCUUUGGCGAGACCCUGGACAUCGCCGUCGGCAACUGCCUCGACCGCUUCGCGCGCACCAUCAUGAUCCCCAACGACCCGGCGCCCGGGUACAACAUUGAGCAGCUCGCCAAGAAGGCGUCCGGGCGGGUGCUGCACGACCUGCCGUACGCGGUGAAGGGGAUGGACUGCUCGUUCAGCGGGAUCCUGGCGCGCGCCGACGACCUUGCCGCGCAGAUGGUCGCGGGGAAGAAGGUCGUCACGGCCGACGGGGACGAGGUCGACAUCACCAAGGAGGACCUCUGCUUCAGCCUGCAGGAGACAGUCUACGCGAUGCUGGUGGAGAUCACGGAGCGGGCCAUGGCCCAUGUGAGGAGCGACCAGGUGUUGAUCGUCGGAGGUGUAGGCUCCAACGUGAGGUUGCAGGAGAUGAUGGGUGCGAUGGCGAGGGACCGGGGCGGGAGUGUGUUUGCGACUGAUGAGAGGUUCUGCAUUGACAACGGCAUCAUGAUUGCGCAUGCUGGGCUGUUGGCCUAUGAGAGUGGAUUCAGGACCCCCCUGAAGGACAGCACCGUCACGCAGCGAUUCCGAACGGACGAGGUUCACGUAAAGUGGAGAGAUUGAGAGCCCUUUUGUGUACAGAAACAAUUCUACCAUGACAGACCAAAGUGGUACCCGCAAGACUUGCUGCUUCUAAGGAAUCUAACCAGGCCUCUUAGGCGACAUAUAACCUUCCUCGAAAAAAAAAAAAAAAAAAAAAAUCUCCCUCAAGAUAGGGAAGAACUUGUGAUAGUAGUCAAGGCGAUCAUCAGGAUGAAAAGUCAUGUAUUAACUGUGGUUCAUGCAAAUUUCUUCCAUCAUGAAAACACAGAUCGACAUCCGAGAUGGAUAUGAACCAUUGAAACUUUCCUCCCUUUUCGUAAGCCAGAGAGGUAGUUAGACAAAUCCCAGGCCUGUUCCAGUGAGCCACCAUGACAAUUCCGGUCUGCCUAACGUCCAUUUCUUCCCAACUCCGUCCAAUGAAAAAACAAUGGGGCCUAUCGCUCCGAAUCUGGGAUCUUGAGAAGGCUCAAGACUGGUUCGGGACCGGUUUAUACAUGAUCGUGGUGACAUACUUGUCCCUAUACCUCGUAGUCGCCGACACUGCGAGCGUGCCAUUCUUGAUGCUGCUUGUAGCCAAGUGGUUGAGCGUGGUGUGGUUUGGCAUGUUCAGGACACUGUUAUCAUCCUUCAUCAACGUGGCAGAGUUCAGGAUCGGCUUCGCAAGGAAGCCCGGCAGGCUAGGCGGCGUGUCCAGCUUCUCGAUGGCUGCAGCAGCGGCCUGUGCCACGGGAGAGUCCUCGGGCUCGUCGUAGUCGAGAAGAUACUGUGGGUAUAUCCGCGAGAAGGCUUCGGCCGGCGGCAAUUGCUUGUCCUUCCGCGCCUGCUCCACCGCAGCCGGCUCCUCCACCGCCUUCUCCUUCUCCUCCGCUGGCG